AUGCCACCUGGCGGGGCGCCCCGAGGAUGGGGGCUCGAAUGGAAGCCUAGCUGCUGCGGGCCGGGGGAGGUGGCGGGGCGGCGCGGUGUGGCCCAGGGCGUCACUCCCCCCCUCUCCCCCCCCCCCCCCCCGGUGCACUGCGGGCUCGCAGGUGCCCUUGUCGGGUUUCGUAGCACUUCGGCUCUGGGGGCAGAUUACUGGAAGUCACAGCCAAAGAAAUUCUGUAAUUACUGCAAGUGCUGGAUAGCAGAUAAUAGACCUAGUAUUGACUUCCAUGAAAAAGGAAAAACUCAUAAGGAAAAUGUGGCAAAAAGGAUCAGUGAGAUUAAGCAGAAAAGCCUGGACAAGGCAAAGGAAGAAGAAAAGGCAUCAAAGGAGUUUGCUGCAAUGGAAGCAGCUGCCCUGAAAGCAUACCAAGAGGAUUUGAAAAGGCUUGGCUUAGAGUCAGACAUUUCAGAACCAAGUGUAUCACCAGUAGCCAGUACCACUCCACCCACCUCGACAUCUAAUCAGCCAAAAGAAAAGAAGAAAAAGAAGAAAGAUCCUCCCAAGGGCAGAUGGGUAGAAGGCAUAACCUCUGAGGGUUAUCAUUACUAUUACGAUCUUAUCACAGGAGCAUCUCAGUGGGAAAAGCCUGAAGGAUUUGAAGGAAACUUGAAAAAGACAGUGAAACCUGUUUGGGUAGAAGGCUUAAGUGAAGAUGGUUAUACAUAUUAUUAUAAUACUGAAACAGGAGAAUCCAAAUGGGAGAAGCCUGAUGAUUUUAUACCACACCCUGGGGAUGAGCUUUCUAGUAAAAUCAAAGAAAACGUGAAAGACAGCCUUGAAACUUCAAAAUCAUCAGAUUCACGUAGUGAUUCUGAUGAAGAACAGAAGAAAAUAGAAGGUGAUGCCUCUACAAAACCACAGAAGCUAACGAUAAAGUUUAAGGAAAAAAAUAAGAAUAAUGAAGAAGGAACUAAAUUAACAUCACAGAAAGAAAAAAUUCUGCCAGAAAAGGUUUCAUCAGGUCCAAAGGAAGAAAAACCCAAAGCAGUUAAAAAGCCAAACCCAUAUGGAGAAUGGCAAGAAAUUAAACAAGAGAUUGAGUUACCUGAGGAGGUAGAUUUAGAACUUCCAAGCACUGAAGAAUAUGUGUCAACUGCAGUAGCUGAUGGUGGUACUGAAUCCAGGGUGGUAUUUAAAGAAAAGACAGUCACUUCUCUUGGCAUUGUGGCAGAUGGAUUGGCUCCAGUCUUCAAAAAGAGAAGAAUUGAAAAUGGAAAAUCUCGAAAUUUAAGACAACGAGGUGACGAUCAGUAA